AUGAAAAUGAUAAUGACAUGUGCAAAGGGAAAUAAAUAUAUAGUAGGAGUAGAAUAUGUACAUUCUGAUGAAGAGAAGAUUGUCCUCAUUUUAGAAAAUAUGAAGCAGAUUUGCAAUCAUUAAAUGAUAGGAAGAUAGCUGUUUUCAUCCUAAUGA